AAGCCAAUGAUGAAUUUAUUCAGGUAUGUAAAAGAAAGUUAUUUUGUUAUAUUAAACUAGAAAAAUAUAAAAAUUAUGAUCGUUUCUUUAAGAUGUAUAUGACAGUAAUAUAUUAUAUUUGAAAGAUUUCAAUUAUGAUAUACUUUGACGCAUUCAUAAACAGGAACAUGAACUCUAUUGUACAUCUAUUGAUUCUACAUAUAUGAUAUAUUUUCAAAGAUGAAUUUCAACAUGAAAAGAUCAGAUCAUCUAAGAAGUAGACACAAAACAUACAAAUUGUUGAAUGUGUUUUGAAUGUAACAUUGUUAAUUGACACUUUUAAAGUUUAAUAUUGUCUAGUUUUUUUUCUUCAAUAAUAUCAUGAAUUAAACAGUGAAAUUAUAACAAAAAUCAAUUUUUACAAUGAGAUCUUGUUCUGUUGAUCAGAUUUCAAUAGUUUUAUCAGUUUAGUGGUUGUGGAGAUUGUUAAGUUUUUAAUUGAGAUCAUGAACCGAUUGAUGUUGAGGCUAGAAGUUAACACCAUUGGAUGAAGGCUCAGUGGUUCAGUAGGUUAAGCGUUUGAGCGCGAGACUGAAGGCCCUGGGUUCGAAUCCCGCGAGCGGGGCCGUGGAUGCGCACUACUGAGGGGUCCCACAAUAGGAUGAAACGGCCGUCCAAUGCGUCCGGGUUUUCAAUGGUGAUCUAACAUCAAUCGGUUCAUGAUCUCAAUCUAAUAAUUUAUUUUAGUUAGUUCAAUGUUCAUUAUUUUAAAACUUUUGUAAAUUCUCAUUAUUUGAAUAUACAUUUAAUAUACAUGGUAAUGAAAGACAAAGAAGAUUUGCAAAUGAUGUAUUUAGUGUAUGAAUUUUACCAUAAUUUUGAUUUCCCCACCUGAGUUGUCAUUCACUAUACAUACUUCUGAUGAAUGUCAGUAACCAUGAGAGCGUUGACAUUUGAUGUAAAAUCGAUAUUCAACAGAGUUAGAGAAAGUACAAAAGAAAACUCUUUUUAUGAAUAACGAAUUUAAAGGAGUUAUGGUUGUUGAAUAAAACUUUCUACUCAGCUAAGCUUCGAAUUGUUUUCUUAAACCGGCCUACCAUCUAUGGAUGUGUUAAGGAUAAACUUCCACUUUGAGCCAUAUCAAUGUGCAUCUAUAAGUUUACUUGCUCAUGUGGAUCAGGUUAAAUUGGCCACAUAAGAUGAUCACUUUCCAAGUGCAUCUCAGAACACUACCCGGAAUGGCUUUUCAAAGGAGAAUGCAAAAAAAUUAUCAGUUCAAUACAGCAGCAUCUAAUCAACUCUGAACACAUAGUUCCGAAGGAGUCUUCUUUUAAAAGGAACUGGAUCGAAGGGAUGUCGAAUCAAAAACUUAUGAACUACUGAGGCAUCGGCGAUUCAUCAAUUCAAGCUCGAACCCUGCGUGUGAAAACGAGUGCAAUUAUUACGAAUCUUAUUCAAACUGUAUAUAUUAUAUAUCCAUAUUGGACAUUUAAUACAAGUUAUGCAUAUACAUCUAGUUUAGGUAUAACAACAAUUAAUAAUACAAAACAAAUUUGUAUGUGUCUUAAUAUUAAUACUACUGAUAAUAAUACUGAUAAUGAUGUUGAUAACGAAGAAGAGGGUAGUUGUAAAACUCGUAACCAAGAUAAUCCUUUAAAUGAUUUUAUAUUAUCAUCAAAUCAAUGUCCUAAAACAUGGUUAUAUCAUUAUAUUGAAUUAAAUUCAUUAACAGCAUCAAAUAUUUUACGUUAUUCAAAUUAUUGGUCAUUAAAUAAAUUAUUAAAUUUAAAUUUAAUAAAUCAUUCUAAAACAAUAACAUUUGAUCACCAAGGUAAUCAACCAAAUCCUUCUCCUCCUCCUCCUCCUCCUCAUCAUCAUCAUCAUCAUCGUCAUGAUGAGUAUUUACCAUUAAUACUUGAUAUUGAUGAAGAUUUUUUUGGUGUACACCUAGUUACACAUAAUUUAUUAAAAUCUGGUUUAAAUAUAAAUUUUAUUCAUACAAUGAAUUCAAUUAUUUCAUUAAUAUUUUGUCCAAUUCAUUAUAUUAAUGAAAUACAUAUUGAUCAAAUUUAUCGUUGGUUACUUGAAUAUAUUUAUAUCAAUAAACAUUUAAGAAAUAAUUAUAAAUCAAUAAUCGAUCAUAAUCAAUUAAUGAUGAUCUUAAAGAAAAUCAAUAAAACUCUUCAAAUCACUGAUAUAUUCUGUUAUAAUUAUACAUUAUAUUUAAUAAAAUUAAAUGAAUUAUUUAUAAAUAAUACAAUUACAUAUCAUCAAAUUGAUGUAUUAAAAUAUAUUGGUGUUUGUUUUACUAAUUCAUUAAUAACUUAUCAAUAUAUACCAGAAAUACAUUUAUGUUUAGGGCAUAAUUUACCGAAUCAAUCAUUAGUAGAUGAAUUUUUACCAAUAUCAAAUGAUUUAUUAAAAUUAGCUAUACAUUUUACACAAAUUUUAUUAACAAUCCCAUAUCAACCAAAUAUAAUUACUAUAGCACGGUCAUCACGUGAUGGUUAUACACCUAGAUGGUUACAAUAUGAUAUUGAAUUGAUGAUAAUAAAUAUAUUAAAAAAAGUAUUUCAUUUAACUGAAAAGAAUAUAAUUUAUACAAAUCAUUUAGCUGGUGAUAAAUAUCAUGGUUGGUAUCAUCGAUUUACAUAGAAACAUGAAAAUCAAUAAAAUACAUAUGCCAAUAACAGACUAAUCAAUUUCAGUCUUAAACCUCAAUGGGAAGAUACAACUCAAACAAUACCAAAACCAUAAUUGAACUAACCUCAUUUUCGGAUCGAAUCCCACCAAUAUUAAUCUGUUAUAUAUGCAUAUAUAUAUAUAUAUAUAUAUAUAUAUAUAUAUAUUCAUAUUUCCUCAUAAUUUUAUUAUUACUAUGAUACACAUAUUUUAUUAAUAUUUGAAUGAAAACGUAAUGUAUUUCAAUGGACAGAUAACAUUCCAUUAAGAUAUAAAUAGAGUUAAAGAGAUGUAAUUCUUCAAUUGAAAGUAUAAUUUGUUAAGUUCAUGAUCAUGAUAUGCAGUUGUAGACAUUUUAGAAUUAUAAAUCAUACUUUUGUUACA